AUCGGUGGAUCAACCCAUUUCUUUGUUUUCUUACUCGUCGCAAUAAUUUUACUCUGUUCUUCCAUCAAAACUGUAAAUGCAACUUGCUAUGCAAGUGAGAAACAAGCUCUUAUGGACUUCAAGAAAGACUUGGAAGAUCCCUUUGGUAGACUCUCGUCUUGGAUACACGACGUUGAUUGCUGCAAAUGGGAAGGAGUUGUUUGUAGCAACCGAAGUGGCCGCGUGAUUCAACUUCACCUUCAGAGGCCUGUUCCUGAAAUUCAUGUCGUUGGUGAUGAGGAAGAAUCACCAUUAAGCGGUAAAAUCAGUCAUUCGUUACAAAAUUUGACUCACUUGCGUUACCUUGAUCUAAGUCUAAAUGAUUUCAGUGGAAUUCCAAUUCCCAGUUUUUUUGGGUCUCUCAGAAGUCUAAGGUACCUGAAUUUAUCCAGAGCUGGAUUUCAAGGAAUGGUUCCCUAUCAGCUUGGAAACCUAUCAAGUUUACGCACUUUAAGCAUAGGAGGCAAUCCGUCCGAUCUUCAAGUUGAUAACCUGCAAUGGUUGGUUGGUCUCUCUAAUCUGGAGCACCUAGACAUGAGUCGCGUGAACCUUAGUACGGCGUCUAAUUGGCUAGAGGUGAUUAACAUAAUCCCUUCCUUGGUAGAGAUACAUCUGCGCUAUUAUCAACUUGAUUUAAUUUCUCAUCAUCUUGACAGAGAUACAUUUGUCUUCCAUGCCAACUUUUCUUCUCUUACUGUCCUAGAUCUUUCUGAAAAUUUUUUUGGACACCUCAUCCCUAGAUGGAUUUUCGGUCUUACUGCCCUUACUUCCCUUGAUUUAAGUUGGAACUCAUUUGAAGGUCCAUUGCCCAGAGAUCUUUGGAACUUGACUUCCCUCGAGCACUUGGAUCUUUCUUGGAACCAGUUGAAUGGUUCACUGCCAGAUGAGCUUGUUAAUCUUAAUAAUCUCAUUUCUCUCAACCUUGGGCGGAGUCGAUUCGAAGGCUUCUUGGAUGGAAUUUGGAAUUGGAGUUCCCUUACAUCUUUGGAUCUAUCAUUCAAUAACUUCUCAACCUUCCUUCCAAGUCAAUUAUCCACUUUAACUGCCCUAAUUUCACUUGAUCUUAGCCUCAAUCAGUUUCGAGGUUCUAUCCCAAGCUCCAUUGCCAACAUUUCCAACCUUCAACGUCUUGAUCUAUAUGAUAACAACCUUAGCUCCUCUUUACCAAGUGAAGUAUUCACAUCGAAGGACUUGAUUACACUUGAUGCGGGUAGUAAUCACUUUAAUGGUCCAAUUCCAAGUGCAGUUGGCAACUGUACCAAGCUAGAGUUCCUUUGGCUAAAUGAUAAUGCUCUGUCUGGUUCAAUUCCAUCAAAUUUAGGAAGAUGUACCCAGCUCAAAGAACUUUGGCUAAAUGAUAAUGCUCUAUCUGGCUCAAUCAGAUUUAGGAAGAUGUACCCAGCUCGAACACCUUUCGCUAAAUGAUAAUGCUCUAUCUGGUUCAAUUCCAUCAAAUUUAGGAAAACUGUCAUCCUUGGAGUUCUGGGAUGUAUCUCACAACAAACUCACUGGAACUCUUCCUGAAAGUCUUGGGCAGCUUUCCAAACUUGAAGAGCUUCGUAUUUACGACAAUUUAAUGGAAGGCAUUGUGAGUGAGAGUCACUUAGACAAUCUGACAGUUUUAAGGUAUUUUGAUGCAUCUGAAAACUCUUUAACCUUAAAAGUAAGUGCAAGUUGGACUCCUCGUGCCCAAUUUGAAACACUUGCAUUGAGUUCGUGGAAGCUGGGUCCCCAAUUUUCUACAUGGAUCCGAUCACAAAAAUUCCUUCAGUAUUUGAACUUGUCAUUCACGGGUAUUUUAGAUACCAUUCCACCUUGGUUAUUCAACUCAUCAUUGGAUAUCGUAGACCUUUCUCACAAUCAAAUCCAUGGAGGCAUCUCUCACAUUUUGUGUGAAGUGAAGAAUGAAAAUCAAGUUCUUCAAUAUGUGGAUCUUCGGGAGAAUUCUCUAUCAGGAGAAAUUCCUGACUGUUGGAUGAAUUACCCAUUCAUGUAUCACAUCGACCUCAACAGCAAUAACUUCACUGGAAGCAUUCCAAGGUCAUUGUUUCAUUUGGAAGGUCUGGACUAUUUAGGCUUGGGUAAUAACAGCCUCAGUGGUCCGAUAACCUUUGACUUUGAAUAAAUAAGUUUGGAAUUCAGAACCCUCCA